AUGCAGAAUUUUCAAAAUUCUCGUCCAAUCAGAUUCGGUCUUACAACAGAUUUGUCACGACAGCGCAUUAGCUGUACGAUCGAAGUCGCCGAAAACAAAUCGACAAGGAAGACAACGAAAUCAAAGUCGUGGUGCUCUUUACAUCUUGGAUCUACCGCGGACGGGUUAAUCUACCCGCUGAGAAUUUAUACGAUGGCAGCUGACGGUAAAUGGGAGCCAAUCUUUGACAAUGUUAAAGAAAAAGGAAAGGACAAGUCAGAUGAUGCAGACGAAAAAACCAACAAGAGGUUGUCUGUGGAGAGGAUUUACCAGAAGAAAAGUCAACUGGAGCAUAUCUUAUUGCGUCCAGAUACCUAUAUUGGAUCAGUUGAAGUUCACACAACUAAUAUGUAUGUCCUGGAUGAUGAACUUACAAAAAUGGUCCAAAGGGAAAUUUCCUAUGUCCCUGGCUUAUACAAAAUAUUUGAUGAAAUUCUCGUCAAUGCAGCUGACAACAAACAAAGAGAUUCAAAGAUGAACACCAUCAAAAUUGACAUUGACAGUGAAAAUAAUAAGAUCAAAAUCUGGAAUAAUGGGAAAGGAAUUCCUGUUGUGGAACAUAAAACUGAGAAGAUGUAUGUCCCAACAAUGAUAUUUGGUCAUCUGCUCACAUCUAGCAACUAUGAUGACUCAGAAAAGAAGGUUACAGGUGGCCGUAAUGGAUAUGGUGCUAAAUUAUGUAACAUCUUCAGUACAAAAUUUAUUGUUGAAACUUCCUGUCAAGAAUACAAAAGAGCAUUUAAACAAACAUGGACUAAUAACAUGAUGAAGGCAUCAGAUCCAGUCUUGACCGAAUCUAGAGCAGAAGAUUUUACUUGUAUUACUUUUUCACCUGAUUUGCCUAAAUUUGGCAUGACCACCUUGGAUAAGGAUAUCACAGCUUUGUUCACCCGGCGAGCUUUUGAUGUUGCUGCUUCAACCAGGGGUGUAAAAGUGAUUCUAAAUGGCAAGAGAGUUCCUGUGAAAAACUUUAAGGAUUAUGUGGAUUUUUUCAUAAAAGAAAAAGUUGAUGAUGCUGGUCAACCUCUAAAAAUUGUCUAUGAACAAGUGUCUGAAAGAUGGGAAAUUUCUGUCACUAUUAGUGACCAAGGCUUUCAACAGGCUAGCUUUGUGAAUAGCAUUUCAACGAGCAAAGGUGGACGCCAUGUUGACCAUGUUGCUGAUCCUUUGGUAAACAAAAUAAUUGAAAUUGUGAAAAAGAAGAACAAAGGUGGUCUUAAUAUAAAACCUUUCCAGAUCAAAAGUCACAUGUGGCUGUUUGUAAAUUGCCUCAUUGAAAAUCCAACAUUUGAUUCCCAAACCAAAGAAAAUAUGACACUGCAACCUAAAAGCUUUGGAUCCAAAUGUCAGCCAUCAGAAAAAUUCAUUACUGCCGUUGCCAAGUGUGGCAUUGUUGAAAGUGUCAUGAGCUGGAUGAAGUUUAAAGAACAAGCUCAGCUGCAAAAGAAAUGUCACAGUUCUAAGCACUCCAAAUUGAAAGGCAUUCCUAAACUGGAUGAUGCCAAUUUAGCAGGGACAAAGAAUUCCAACAGUUGUACACUGAUCUUGACUGAAGGAGAUUCAGCCAAAUCUUUGGCCGUGGCUGGUCUCGGAAUUGUUGGUCGAGAUUGUUAUGGAGUUUUCCCUCUGAAGGGUAAAGUACUCAACGUUAGAGAAGCUACUCACAAGCAGAUCAUGGAAAAUGCAGAAAUCAAUAACUUGGUGAAAAUCAUGGGGCUCCAGUUCAAAGAAAAAUAUGAAGAUAUUGAAAAAAUUCGCAGCCUUCGUUACGGAAAGAUCAUGAUAAUGACUGAUCAGGAUAAUGAUGGCUCACAUAUCAAAGGAUUGCUUAUCAAUUUUUUCCAUCACUUUUGGCCAAGUCUACUCAAACACAAUUUGGUGGAAGAAUUCAUCACCCCAAUUGUGAAGGUCACAAAGAACAAACAAGAGCGAUCCUUUUACAGCAUUCCAGAAUUUGAGGAAUGGCAACGUGAGACUGACCAAUGGCAUACAUGGAGAAUCAAAUACUACAAAGGUUUGGGAACCAGCACAGCUAAAGAGGCAAAAGAAUAUUUUGCCGAUAUGCAACGUCACAGAAUCCCUUUUAAGUAUGAAGGCCCUGAAGAUGACGCUUCCAUCAAUUUGGCUUUUAGCAAAAAGAAAAUUGAAGAACGAAAGGAAUGGCUGACUAACUGGAUGGAAGAAAAGAAAAGGAGAACAGAAAUGGGCCUUCCAGAGCUUUAUUUAUAUGGAAAGGGUACUACUCAAGUGACAUUCAACGAAUUCAUCAACCGUGAGUUGAUCUUGUUCAGUUUUAUGGACAACAAUCGAUCCAUUCCAUCUUUGGUGGACGGUCUAAAACCUGGACAGCGUAAAGUCAUCUAUACUUGUUUUAAGAGAAAUGACAAGAAAGAAAUCAAAGUUGCUCAGCUGGCUGGUUCAGUUGCUGAACUUUCAGCAUACCAUCAUGGUGAAGCUUCCUUAAUGAGCACGAUAAUAAAUUUAGCACAGAAUUUUGUUGGUUCCAAUAAUAUCAACCUGUUGCAACCUAUUGGUCAGUUUGGAACCCGUAUCCACGGAGGCAAAGAUGCUGCAAGCCCUCGAUACAUUUUCACAAAUCUAAGUCCUUUGGCAAAAUUAAUUUUCCAUCCAAGUGAUCUUCCACUCUUGAAGAACCUUUAUGAUGAUAACCAAAAAAUUGAACCUGAAUACUAUGUGCCCAUUAUUCCAAUGAUUUUGGUCAAUGGCUCAGAAGGUAUUGGAACUGGAUGGAGUACCAAAAUUCCAAAUUUUGAUCCACGAGAAAUUGUGGCAAAUAUCAAAAGAUUAUUAGAUGGCAACGAACCGCUUAACAUGGUUCCCUGGUUCAAGAAUUACAAAGGUACUAUUGAAGAGCUGAGUGACCACAAAUAUUGCGUGAGUGGUGAAAUUUCUGUGUUAGAUGACAACACAGUGGAAAUUUCUGAACUACCCAUUCGUACUUGGACACAGAACUACAAAGAGGAGGUACUUGAACCAAUGGUGCAUGGAUCUGAAAAGGUCUCUGCUAUGAUCACUGAUUACAAAGAAUAUCACACAGACACAACUGUAAGAUUUAUCAUUAAAAUGUCAGCAGAAAAACUUGCAAAUGCUGAAUUGGCAGGUCUUCACAAAUUCUUCAAAUUGCAGACUACAUUCUCCACAAAUUCUAUGGUGUUAUUUGAUCAUAAUGGCUGUAUCAGGAAGUAUGAAAAGGUGGACCAGAUACUACGUGAAUUUUUUGAUCUUCGAAUUGAUUUCUACAAACGUCGGAAGGACUACUUAGAAGGCCUUCUCAGUGCAGAGUCUUUGAAACUGGAUAACAUUGCACGAUUCAUUAUGGAAAAAAUUGAUGGUCUUGUGAAAAUUGAAAAUGUUUCCAAAAAGGACCUCGUCCAAAUGUUAGUGCGUCGUGGCUAUGACUCUGAUCCCUCAAAGGCUUGGAAAGAAGCUCAAAACAAAAACAGGGAUAAAGAUGACAGUGAUGAUGAAGAAGACAAAGAAGACACAUCUGGCCCAGACUUUAACUACAUCUUGAGCCUUCCACUUUGGUGCUUGACUAAAGAAAAAAAAGAAGAAUACAUUCGUCAACGGGACUCUAAGGCUGAUGAACUUGACAAACUCAGACGAAAGAGAUCUGAAGAUCUUUAUAGAGAUGAUUUGGAAGCUUUCCUUACUGAACUGGAUCGUAUUGAAGAACAAGAAAGAGAAGAUGAGAAAGCCGGAUUUAUUCAAACCCAGAAGACCCAAAAAGGCCGUGGGGUGAAACAAAAGAAAAUUAAUCUUGAAGAGACACUUCCUUCACCUAUGGGUCGCCGUAUCAUGCCAGUCAUUGAUCUUGCAACUAAAGUCAAGGCAGAAAAAGAAGCUUCCUCCAAAAGACGACAACAGAUAAAGAAAGAAAUGAAAGAAGAAAUAGGUGAUGAAAAUGGUGAAGAAGGCAAAAGCCUGAUUGAAAGACUUGGAGAGGCAAAACCCAAGAAACAACGUCAACCACGAGCACCUCGUCAAAACACUGGCUCCCCUAAAGGCAAGAAGGGCAAAGACUGGUGGAGAUUCUGUCUCAGCAUCAAGAGAAAGGAUACCAAGAAGGGCAGCAGGUUAGUUAAAAAAAUAUUUAUAUAUAUUUAUAUUCCUCUUUUUUUCUUUUUUUUUUUUUUUUCAUUUUUCUUCUCAUUUUCUUCCCCUGUCCCUCCUCCUUCCCUGUCUCUCUCCUCUCCUUCCCCUGUCUCUCUCCCUCUCCUUCCCCUGUCUCUCUCCCUCUCCUUCCCUGUCUCUCUCCCUCUCCUUCCCCUGUCUCUCUCCCUCUCCUUCCCCUGUCUCUCUCCUCUCCUUCCCCUGUCUCUCCCCUCUCCUUCCCCUGUCUCUCUCCCUCUCCUUCCCCUGUCUCUCUCCCUCUCCUUCCCCUGUCUCUCUCCUCUCCUUCCCCUGUCUCUCUCCCUCUCCUUCCCCCUGUCUCUCCCUCUCCUUCCCCUGUCUCUCUCCCUCUCCUUCCCCCUGUCUCUCCCUCUCCUUCCCCUGUCUCUCUCCCUCUCCUUCCCCUGUCUCUCUCCCUCUCCUUCCCCUGUCUCUCUCCCUCUCCUCCCCCUGUCUCUCUCCCUCUCCUUCCCUGUCUCUCUCCCUCUCCUUCCCUGUCUCUCUCCUCUCCUUCCCCUGUCUCUCUCCCUCUCCUUCCCCUGUCUCUCUCCUCUCCUUCCCCUGUCUCUCUCCCUCUCCUUCCCCUGUCUCUCUCCUCUCCUUCCCCUGUCUCUCUCCCUCUCCUUCCCCUGUCUCUCUCCCUCUCCUUCCCCUGUCUCUCUCCCUCUCCUUCCCCUGUCUCUCUCCCUCUCCUUCCCCCUGUCUCUCUCCCUCUCCUUCCCCUGUCUCUCUCCCUCUCCUUCCCCUGUCUCUCUCCCUCUCCUUCCCCUGUCUCUCUCCUCUCCUUCCCCUGUCUCUCUCCCUCUCCUUCCCCUGUCUCUCUCCCUCUCCUUCCCCUGUCUCUCUCCCUCUCCUUCCCCUGUCUCUCUCCCUCUCCUUCCCCUGUCUCUCUCCCUCUCCUUCCCCUGUCUCUCUCCCUCUCCUUCCCCCUGUCUCUCUCCCUCUCCUUCCCCUAUGAAAAGAUUGCUACUUAAUUCUCAUUUAAUAUCUGUUGGUUUCUUGUUGAUUGUAGAUCCUACCAGAUUGAUUCGAAAGGCUCAAGCUGUGAAAUACAACUUUGGCGAUGAUGAGGAUGAAGAGGAGUAUUUGCCUGAAAUUCCUCAAGAACGAUCUUCCUCUCCAAUCAAUGACAAUGAUGACCAACACUCUGAUGUAAAUAAUGAAAAUGAAGAGGAGGAAGAGGAGGAUUCUUUCCCAGCAGUUAAUAAUAAAGAGAAAAAGCGUUCAUCUCCAACCCGAGCCGCUAGUCCCGUAACUUACGAUGAUUCUUCAGAUGAAGAAAAAAAUGACCUUUUUAACCGUAUCAAUGAGCAAAACAAGAAAGCAAGAGACGAUGCUGUAUUUGGAGUGUCAAAUGUAAAAUCUUCCGCAAAGACCACACUUCCAAAGGAACCAGCAAAAAGUACAUUAACUUUUGAUGUGUCCAGUGAUGAGGAUAAGGAACCUCCAUUCAUUUCAGAUGAACCACCAAAGAAACAACCCAAAAAGAGGGCUCCUAAAAAAGAAAAAACAGAGAAAACUGAAAAACCACCAAAGAAGAGAAAAGCAAAGAAGAAAGAAACCAGCGAUUCUGAUGAAGGAUUUGAACCGAAAAAGUCAAAAGUAACCAAAUCGAAAAAGGUGGCUGCUGACUCUGACGACGAAGAUGAUUUUGUUGAUGGUAAAACAGACAAGCUGAACAAUUUGCAAGCUCGCACUACAACUGGCCGCUCCCGAGCACCUGUCAAAUAUUUUGAAGAGGAAUCAGACGAAGAUUUUGACUAUUAA